GGUGGCUCUGCAGGGAGGCACGUUCCUACGCGGAGGGCAGACAGAGCGAGCCAGGCAGGGGCCACGGUGCAGGCAGGUGCCCAGGGCAGCCUGUGCCCAGCAUAGCGCCAUGGGGACCCCCCGGGGCAGCCUCCUCCUCCGCUGCCUGUGUGUCCUGCUGCUGCUGGGCGUCUGGGCUCCCCCCAGCACGGCCCAGUGGUUCUCGCUGGGCUCCCGGCUGACCACAACACCCCCACCCACGACCACCGCCAGCCCGACAUCUCCACAGCGCCCCCCAGAGGAGGGGGAAGAGGGGGACGCUGGCGAGACAGAGCCGACGCGGAAAAUCCUGCUGAGCAAACCCCCCCUGGGGACGGCCCCCCAGAGCCAGGCGCUGGUGCUCAAGGAGACUGCAGGGGGUGGGACGCAGCCCCCCCGGGAAACACGAGACCAGACGCCUCCAGCCCCUGCCACCCGCCCUGCCCCUGGGCUCUUCGAGGGGAGCGCGGAGGAGGAAGAGGAGUUCCUGCAGAUCAAGGCAACUACAAAGGGUCCAACGCCAGCAGUGCCCACCCCCCGGGCAGCUGCCACCCUUCCGCAGGUGACUGGCAACCUCUCGCAGUGCAUCUGCCCAGCCGUCCCCGGCCCCCCUGGGCCCCCUGGGCCCAAGGGAGAGAAAGGAGAGCGGGGGCCCCCGGGGGAAAUUGGCCUGCCGGGAUUCUCUGGGGAGCGAGGCCAGGCGGGGAGCCCAGGGCAGCCUGGCCCCCAGGGGCCGCCUGGUCUCCCUGGGCCUCCGGGCGUGCCAGGGCUGGCAACUGGCGCUGAAGGGCUGGACGCAUCUGAGAACGAGCUGACAAAUCAGCCGCUCAGGCCUGGUGUGGCAGGGCCGCCUGGACCCCAGGGUUUGCCCGGCUACCAAGGGCCUCCAGGCCCCCAAGGCUACCCCGGGCAUGAAGGCAUCCAAGGCCCCCCUGGACCGCCAGGCCGUGAAGGGCAGCAAGGACCUCCCGGCCCUCCAGGGCCACUUGGGGCCCCAGGGCCGCCGGGCUUCCAAGGCCCCCCAGGGCCCGACGGCCCCCUCGGGCUUCCGGGACUCUCAGGGCCUCCAGGAGCUCCAGGGCGUGACGGGCCCCCCGGCCCCGCAGGGCCUGUGUCGCCUCCAGGAAACCCGGGGCCUGCCGGGGAGCCAGGAUACCCUGGGCCCAAGGGCGAGACGGGUGAUCUUGGCCAGCCCGGCCCUCCAGGCAGCCCCGGCUUGAUGGGAGAGAAGGGCUCCCCAGGCCCGCCCGGGCCCAUGGGGCCACCAGGACCACCUGGGGAGAACAGGUGUGACCCACACUCUUCGGGGCACCCCAGAUGGCCUGGCCCGCCGGGCCCCAAGGGUGAAAAGGGAGACCCUGGAGAGCAGGGAUGCCGCAGCUGUCCCGGGGAGGCCGGGUUCCUGCCAGGCAACCCUUCCUUCCCCAGCUCCAGGGGCCCGUACGGAUCCUGGGUGCCACUGACAUACCAAGAGAACGGCAAAGUAGAGACGGAGAUUUAUGGUGCAAUCGUCCCCCACGGUCCCCCCGGCCACCCCGGAGCACCAGGCCCCCCCGGUCCCCCGGGGCCCCCCGGAGCACCAGGCGUCCUCUACCUCAAUAGGGUUUAUCCCGUCCGCCCCAGGCCGUUCUGCAAACAGCCGGUGACCCACGACGCGGCCGGGCUCUCAGAUGCUGAGUCGUCUCAGAAGGACGUGCCUGACCCCCCAGCUGACUCCAGGCAUCACACCUGGGUCUUCAAGUCGAAGGAGCUGAUGUUCAAAUCCAGCUCGUCCGUCCCCGAAGGGAGCCUGGUCUACGUCAGAGAUGAGAACAGCGCCUUCAUCCGAACCCCGAGAGGCUGGAGCAAGCUCCUGCUGGAAGAUUCGGAUUCCGUAUUGGCUGGCGAUGACCCUUCGGUGUCCACAGAACAUCAUCAGGUCCCAAAGGAAGGGAGUCAAGCAGCCACCGGGAUCCUGCCAACUAGCAUCACCCCGAGGGUGCCUUCGCUCCGCCUGGUGGCGCUGAACUUCCCACUUUCCGGCGAUAUGAACGGGCUCAGCGGCGCGGACCUGCAGUGCCACAGGCAGUCGCAGGAGGCCCAGCUCUCCAGCACCUUCCGGGCCUUCCUGUCGUCGCCCACGCAGAACCUGGUCUCCAUCGUGAGGAGGACAGACAGAGCUCUGCCCGUCGUCAACCUGAAGGGCCAGCGGCUGGCGAAGACCUGGAACUCCCUGUUCGGAGGUGAUGGCGCCGCCCGCUUCAACGCGCUGCGUUUUCCCAUCUACACCUUCGACGGCCGGAACGUGCUGAUGGAUCCCAGCUGGGCUCACAAGGAGAUCUGGCAUGGCUCCAGCCCGCGUGGGCACCGAGCCCCGAAGGAGGACUGCCAAGGGUGGCGGGCCAGCCUAGCCGAGGGCUUUGCCUCUCCCCUGACCGAGGGGAAGCUCCUGGCUGAGCAGCGCCGCGACUGCUCCAACUCCCUGGUCGUCCUGUGCAUGGAGAUCAGCUUCCCGUAGCUGCACAUGUGGUGAUGCGAGCCGCUGUGGGGCAGCUAGCAGGGCCCGUGGGCUGGUGAUCCCACCAGGAGAGCCCACGGUCACCUGCCGGCCCUGGGGCUGCUCUCGGCUCUGGGGCUAUUUCACCAUUAUCCCCCGUAGUGGAGCCAGCCUCGUACCCAUAACCAGAGGGGUCUAUCCUUGACCAGGAUGGGGGGUCCAUAUGUGCAGAAUAGAGACCAAUGGAAAGGCUACUGGGAUGCCUCCCGAACUCAGAGCCAUGCCACCGCCGAGCCAUGUCCCCGAGGCGUGGAAUCUAGUUAGUUAGCACUAACCACGGGGCCUCCCCAGGAGAGGGGGCCAUUCCCCCAAACCAGUGCCCCAUUGAGGUCCCAGGCAUGCACCGCAGUGAGCACUGGGGUGCAGAUGAGACCUGGGUUUCGGGGCCCGUGUUCUCUGCACUGAUGCUGUUGUGCAGCUCCGCCAGGGACUCUCCAGAAGCUAAAAGCUCUUCUCCGGUCACCAAGUAGGUGGGGAAACCUGCCAGAAGUGGUAGCUGUGCCUCCACGCCCCCUCGUUCUGCCUCUGUCAACUCCCAGCUGCUCCCCCCUCCUGCCUCUGCCAGCUUGGGCUUGGGUUCCCAAUGGGCAGAUGCCCCCCACCCUCCAGGCCCGAGGUUCUGUCCCUAGGUCUGGCUUUUACCAGCCGCUGUUCCCGAAGCAAUCAGUGGAGAGGUGGGGGGAAGGCGGGGACAGUGCUGGGGUUUUCUGGGGGUAUAUAGAUGCAGCCUGGUAAUAUCUAUCUUUCGGCUGACUAGCGUCAUGGCAAUGGUCGGGCGCUACCAGCUCCAGAGAGAGGGGUGUCAUUCGGGCCUCUCGGUGGCCACACGCUCAGCCUGUGAGCUUUGAAAACAGCCGUGUGCUUUAGCUGGCAAUAAACACGUUCCAAGUUUUG